AUGUGUUUAUUUUCGUAUGAAAAUGAAAAAGAGGAAGAGACAAACAAAGCAAGUGCAUUUGUAUGUUUGGUCAAAAGAUUUUGUUGUAAAUUUCCUCGCGCCUUUGUUUCAUUGGAUUGUACGAUUGAUUUUUUCAAAACGUAUAUCGAUUCGCGAUUUUACGCCGGCCACAAAUUGGAUUUCAAACAACAAAAUUGUGCCGGCGGCCCUGGUUCAGGUGGUGGAGUCGUCGGCAAUACCAACAGCCAUCAAACACAUUUGACAGCACCUCUGCAUGGCCUGGCCACACAUCCAUCGGCUCAUCAAACGACCAGCCAUCAUUCCCAUCUAAAUUCGCAUCAUACAAAUUCAUCGGCGGCUCUACAGCAACACCUAGCCAACCAGCAACAACAACAGCAGCAACAACAACAACAGCAGCAGCAACAACAGCAAAGUACGCCUGGACCUGCGGUACCGUCUCAAUCGCAGUUGCACUCCGUCGGCGGUACUAACGGCCUAAGUUCCACGCCCAACGGUAACACUGUUAAUACCGCCGGCUCUAUAGGCAACUCUUCUCCCUCGGCAGUGCAUCAUAGUAACGAUACACACUCGGCUUCCUCUGCAGCCGUUCCUACCUCCCUUAGUGCCCCUUCGUUGCCACACAUUGCCCCGCCCAGUCUGGGCCUAAGUCCACAAUCAUCAGCCGAUUCACAACAAUUUAAUAUAUUUCCUGCCAUCUUUAGUCGCCAAUUGAAUUUCUCAGCUGCCGGUGGCUGUGGUCAAACCAAACUAAGCAUGGAUGAGUUAAGACCCAAUUUGGUGGGUGGCCUAUUGGGGCUGCAGCAAGGCUUGCUGGAGGAUCAUGCCGCCAAUAUGCAACACGGUGGCGUACCUCAAGACACCAAAUUCAUGUCGUUUCAAGAUAAUCGCCUCAUGGGCAUAAGUUCCUCUCAUGAAAAUCGCCUUCUGGGACUUGCCUCAUCUGUACAAGACAGCCGUUCACCCGCCAUCCAUAACUCCUCCAUCGAUAAGAACUCGCUCAAUCAUCAGCGCAAAUGCAGCAGUACGCCGGAGGACUUUAGUUCGCUGUAUUCGGGACUACCAACACCUGGCAUCGAUACAUCGUCGCAUCAUCAUACACCCGCUCACACACCGCCAACAAGGCUGUCUGACCACACGAUAUCCGCGGAAGGAGCCUUUAAGAAGCUGAAACCUGAACCUAAUUCGGGUCUUUCAAAUGUUUCUGCCGGUGUGACAUCACCAGGAAGUGGUUUGUCAUCAUUAAGUCAACAUGCCGGCCACACUCCAACCACAGCAUCAUGUCCCACACCAGCGAGACGAAGACAUCGAACGACAUUUACACAGGAACAAUUAGCCGAAUUAGAAGCAGCUUUUGCCAAAUCUCAUUAUCCUGAUAUUUAUUGUAGAGAGGAAUUAGCGCGAACGACAAAACUAAAUGAAGCUAGAAUACAAGUUUGGUUUCAAAAUCGUCGCGCCAAAUAUCGCAAACAAGAGAAACAAUUACAAAAGGCAUUGGCACCAUCUGUGAUACCAUCGUGUAAUGGUAUGAUGAGAAACAUUCAAGGUUACAGCGUGUCGCGAGGUUAUCAACCCUAUCCUCAUCAUAAUUCAAUAAAUCGUUAUCCUCAGGAUCUCUUCCAAAUGGGCGCCUCAUCAUAUCCCGGCAUGUCUCAACCUUUUUCAAUGAGUCAUGGUGCUAAUAUGGGUUCAGUGGGUGUGCGACAAGAUUCAAUGGGUAUGUCACCCGAAGACGAGUGGUACAAUAAAAGUUUAUCGGCGCUGCGCAUGAAUAGUUCACACCACCCCAACUUAUCGGCGCCAAUGCUGCAAUACCAAACAUAAUCAAAAACCUUUGACGAUUUCUUUUAAAGUGUAAAAUAUUAACAAGCAUUAUAGACCAGCCAGGGAGGAAGCGCUGUAGCUGGAAUACUUUUGGACCUAAGCGUAAAAAUUUUAAAUAUUUUAGAC